AUGCAGCGCUGGGCCAGUGGGAGUGGCGCCGUCUGCCUGCGUCUGCCUGCGGUUUGUGCUCUGGCGAGGGCGCGGGUGCUGUGCUGGAUGCGACUAUGGCUAUGGUCGGGCAGGGCUGGACGGGGAGAAUUGAGUGGAGGGCAGGCCGGGCUUUCUAUAUGUCUAUGCCUGUAUUUUUAUACACGCUGCGCCGUCCCAGCGACCAACGGCGUCUCGCUUAAUGUCCCUAAUGCUUCGCUAGCGCGCAAUAAGCGGGGCCACGUCCCCCAUUGCUGGAGCCCUGUCCAGCCUCUAGCGCAUCAGUUGCCAGUGAGUGACCGCAUACAAUGUACUCUCAUACCUGUACCUCAGCGCUUUGAUGGACGCAUCAUGGAUGUACCUGUUGCUGCGUCUGAGGCGCGCUGCAGUACUUGCAUCCUGUCUUUGUUCUUACCACCUAUGUACCAGGUCGUAACAGCAGUACAGAAGCAACAGCAGGGUACCUAAUUCUGUCCUCGCGGAAUCUUGCUUCUUUUCUUCUUCUUU